CUAAUGUGAGUGCUACCAGUUUCAAGAUCUCUGUCCCUGAACUGACAGCAGACUAAACAGUAGCCAUAUACAGCCACACAGUGCCACCUUCUUAGUGGCCGCACCCGCACCAAUAGAGCCACCCUGUUAAACGCAUAGCCUUGUUUCAGUCACCACCUUAGCUGCUGGAUCUGAGGGGCAGAGUCUGUGGCAAAGACUUUGAAAGCCUUUGCUCUGGUGUUGUAUUACCUGUCAUUCUGUGAUCUUAGGCUUCCUACUUGGUUAAAGAAUAACGAAAGAAAACUGGCCUACGCCUUCUCUGCCUUCACUAACCCCGAGAGAGGAAGAUCCCGUUUGAGAAAGUGGCACGGAGGAGCGCAUUGGAAGGUGUCGCAAUAGUAGCAUUGGGCGUAGGGUUCUUCUUAGGCAUGAGCAAACUUUAAUCAAUUUUAAUUAACCAAUCACCCGGAUAUUUGGAUGAAACAGCAUUUUCUGACUGUGAAAAACUCCUUUCCGUGUGUUUCUGCUUCAGCAUAGAAACUUCCACUGUAUGCUCCCCUGCACUUGCGGAUAGGCAGAACUCGCCAUGCUUAACAAUGGGAAUGUGCCGGGCCAGCAAGACCAGGAGAAGCAGGACAAGCUGCCCGAAGAAAGCCAGCAGAGUGGGCCCCCGGCUGUGUCCCAAGUAGCUUGUCCGUAUCCCCGGUUGGAAAUAAAAAAGAACGCCAUCACGGACAACUAUCGGGUGUCAAACCAAGUGCUUGGUUUAGGGAUUAAUGGCAAAGUACUAGAGUGCUACGACAAGAAGACUGGAGAAAAAUACGCUUUAAAGUUACUCUAUGAGAGUCCAAAGGCACGUCGAGAAGUGGAGCUACAUUGGCGGGCAUCAGGAGUACCACACAUUGUCAGGAUCCAGGAUGUCUAUGAGAAUAUGUAUCAUGGGAAACGAUGUAUCCUAAUUGUCAUGGAAUGCAUGCAGGGAGGAGAACUUUUUACCAGGAUUCAACAACGUGGAGACCAGGCCUUUACUGAGAGAGAGGCCUCUGAGAUAAUGCGUGACAUUGGAACAGCCAUCCAACACUUACAUUCUGUGAAUAUUGCACACAGAGAUCUUAAGCCAGAGAAUCUGCUUUAUACAUCAAGGGAAACAAAUGCUGUUCUGAAACUUACUGACUUUGGAUUCGCCAAAGAAACAACGGUACAAAAUGCCUUGCAAACUCCCUGUUAUACUCCAUAUUAUGUCGCUCCAGAGGUCUUGGGUCCAGAGAGGUACGAUAAAUCCUGUGACAUGUGGUCCUUGGGUGUCAUCAUGUACAUUCUUCUGUGUGGAUACCCACCAUUUUACUCCAAUACUGGACAGGCAAUCUCUCCUGGGAUGAAGAGCAGAAUACGGAGGGGGCAGUACACGUUUCCAAAUCCUGAAUGGUCAGAGGUUUCAGAAGGAGCAAAACAGCUGAUUAGCCAGUUAUUGAAGACAGACCCAACAGAGAGAAUGAGCAUCAUUCAGUUUAUGAACCAUCCUUGGAUAAAUCAAUCCAUGGUUGUACCUCAAACACCACUCCAUACAACUCGAGUCCUUCUGGAAGAGAAAGAUUUGUGGGAUGAUGUAAAGGAAGAGAUGACUUGUGCCCUCGCCACCAUGCGAGUAGAUUAUGACCAAGUGAAGAUCAAGGAUCUGGAUAACUCCUCUAACAAACUACUGAAGAAAAGACGCAAGAAACAGGCAGAUGCAGGGAGCUCAGCAGCCUGCAACAAUCAGUAAAUCCUCUGCUAGAACUGCCAGUAGUCCAUCUGGCAGGAAAGGGAUUUGAAAGGGAAUACCACUGUCUGCAAAAUUUCCAUGACACAAAUCGCACUGAAGACACCAAAGAUAAUUCAGUAUGUGCCAGUGCCUUCUUAACAUCCCGUAGUAGGAGAAGAAGGAGUCAUAAGGCUAUUCUGUUGUUGGACAUAAGUAGGCAAACCGCUACUCUGCAGAGUUGCUAUUGGCACUGAUACCAUCCACAACACAUACCUCCAUAAGUAUUCAGCCUUACUGAGUGUGCAAAGUGUUAGCACCUGAACACACAAUGCUAUAGUCAGUAUGCUAAACAAAGAAAAAGCAAAGAUUCUUUAACUGUACAUGUUAACUACAGUGCAUGGUUUACCUGGUAGGAUAGUUUAUUGUUUGUAUGGCGUUUUUUUUUUUUUUUUUGAGGAGCUGCCUGCUCAGCUGCAAGCCCUGAUUGCCCUACUAUCAAUUGUACCUUCAUUUGUACCAAAGAACGGAUGCGGUAUGGAAUGCAGAGACGUAACAUUUUACAGUCUUUAUCAGAAUAUAAGUGGUUAAUCUAAGUUUCUUCACUUUGCAAACACUGCACAGACAUUUUGUAUCAGAACUGCUCAAAACAAUUACAAAGUAGAAAGAGACAGCAUAUUAACAGAUAAAUAAUCUUAUUCAACUAACUGUAACUGUCUUCUGCAUUACAAACAUUGUUGCAGAAGUCCUAAGUGAUGUAACAAGUGGCCACAAUGUGGCAAGACCUUUCUGGUCACUACUUUCAGCAUUGUUCCCUCCAUGUCCUUCUUCAUAUCUUUUAUCAUUCUGUUUAGGCCAGAUGUAUAUUCAGAAGUAUUAAUAAGCAUAGACAUCCCCUUUGUAUGUCACACUAACCUCAACCUUUUCUGAGCAUAAACAAACCUGAUGGUUUCAUUUUUGGGUAAAUUGUCUCAGGAAGUAGCCAGCUGUUUUGGUGAAAAGGAAUAAAGGCCUGACUAUAACGCAGUUGUCCUAGGUUUUGAAUUGUGGCUUGGGUGUAUUUUGGAGCUGGCAAGAGAGAAGAAGGGAAUAAUGCUUCUUAACUGGAGCAGGGAGGGGAAGGCAGGGCACAUGCCCAGAUAUGUUUAUCUUGGUAGACUCUGUAAUGGAGAUUUGAGAUUACACAGGGGCACUGUCUUUGAGGGGGUAGGUUGGCCUUGAGGGGUAACAUCACUCAUGGAAUUGAAGGACACGCCUUUACUGGCAUGCCCAUUUCACACUAAUUCCUAGUAGUGGCACAGGAAAUUCAUAGUGGGGUUGGGGUCUUAGCAAAAAUAAAAAGACCCUCUUGGAUGCCGGCAUGACAGCCCUGUGAUUGACUUUUACCAAGAGUGAGUAAGUGGUCUAGUUCUAACCUACAGGAAAUGAAUGGGUCACUACAUUUUGGGGGAGGCGGUUGGUAGGCAGCAGGGGCCAAAAUAUGGUAAAAAAAAAUCUCUCAAAGAAGUAGACCAUAAAUAACUAUUAAAUCGGCUUAAUAAUAACAAAGCACUCCUAUAUUUAUAGUAGUCAUCAGAAUGUAAUAUAUGCAUGGAAUUUCUAGAUAAGGCACAUAAGAUAGAGAUGGCUACAAUGGAAACAGUUUGUUAUUGUAAUAAAUACAAAUAUAAAAUCUUAUAUUUUAAUUGUCAGAAUCUAAUUCUGUUGCCUCUCUCAACUCAGAAAUAAUAUUUUUUUACCAUGUAUCCAUUAUGUUCCGUGGGUUUUGGGUCACAUGGUAAUUUGUUCCUGGUCAGAUUUUCCAGAAUAUUUCUUAAAGUUACUGUAGCAAACCCAGAUAAAAGCACAGUCAACUGUUUUAAAAUACAUAUAGUGUGUUCCACCUUUUUGAAAUCAAUCACCAGCUUUUUUUCUGCAAGCUAAUACACCAGCUGAGAUUACAGUUAUUUUCUGCUAGGAACUCAGUGGAAUAGAAUUUCACUGUGGAUAAGUAUUGUUAUUCUUUCAGCUACCAGCUGUUAUGAGGGAAUUGAUUAAGCAUUAUCCUCUGGUAUGAUCACACUAAGUGAAGGAAACAAUUGCAUGGUUCUGUUCAUAUUAAAAUUAAUUCCUCUUUGUAGCCUUCUGUGAGAUAAAUAUAUGAACGAUUAUUUCAUGAAGGCCGGGAGUCAGACUUAACUCAUUUACAGACAGAAAACAUAGCUAGAAGUGACCAGAGGACGCAUGCAGAAUUUAGUGACAUUAGAACUGGUACAGCAUAUGUCUAAUGUGCAAAGAUUUACAGUUUCUGCUUAAGCUUGUGUAAUGGCUGAUUCUAAGCAAGUCUAACAAAUAUACUACAAAGAAUUAAGACUGAGCUUCUAUCAGAUUUCAUUUUGUAGUCAUAGGUUUGAUUCUGUUAGACUGCACUUUUGUACAGUCUGAUUCUGAGUAAGUCACUUAACAGAGGUCACAUUGCCCAUGGAAUAAAUGUAUUAUGCCUAGAGGAUUUGCCUGGUUAGUUAUUGAAUUCAAAUUUCCCUGAACUUAUGCUCCCAGAUUGCCCUAUGCAAAAUGACUUCAGUUGUAUUGGAAUUACAAGGAUGAUAAGAUUUCCUUUCUUUUUUCUUUACAUUAGUAUAUCUCACUGUAAAAUGUUGUGCAUAUUUGUUCUUAAGCUGGCAUCAGAUCUUACAACUUCAAUUCUGUUUUGUUCCUUAUUUAUCGUUAUGUAUGUCUAGAAGCUGUUUAUCAGUUUUUACUUUAGAUUUUAUGAUUAAAGCAAUGAUUUUAGUAGA